AUGUGUGAGGGAGGUGAAGAGCCCGACGAGAUCGAAUCGAGGGUGACGAGGCGAGGAGUAACUGAAAGAGGUGUUGCCCUAAGUGGUCUCUUGAUGCGUGGUGUGCUGCACGGGCGCCGAUGUGGGAGAGUGGAGGAGGAGAAGAGGGGGGAGGGGUUUUCGAGGGGGGGUGGAGGAAGGAAGUUGGGGAACAUGGGGCAAAAGAUGGGGCAGCGAGCGGGAGAGCAGCUCAGGCGCCUCUUCUGUGUCUCGCGGACGCUGCGCUUUCCCCAGGUUGGCAUGUCUCUCGAUCCUCCAUCGUUGCUGUUCAUGCCGAGUCACCGUUGUGUGCCACGCGAUGCCUUAGCUGAUUCACAGAGUUUGGCCUUGCUGGAAAGGGGAAGCAUGGUCGACAUGCGAGACACAAAAGGCUGUGUAACGAUGGAGAAGGCCACCAGGCCGACUCUGCACAUGGCAUGGCAUGGCACAGCAUGGACACGAUGGAGAGGACUUUUCCAAGGGGUUUCCAAGGCUGAGGUCGGCUGGGCGGAAAGCUUCCAUAUCGAGACUACCCGGCCCCGUGUCUGGGGUGUGGGCGUGCUUCGGCAGAGCGCUUCCCUGAUCGGCCAAGGCAACAUGGCGAUAGGUCCAAGGUGA